CCACAAUCCUGAAGCCAAGUCUCCGUUCAUUCAAUUACGAAUUGAAAACCUUUUCCACUCUAUCGGCUUCGAAAAACUAAACCGGAGUUGAAAGAAAAUCACCAUUACCAUUUACCAGUGAACGGUGAUCGGACCAAGGUUUCGCUUAUAUGGCCAUGAUUUCGCAGCUCUUUGUGCUUUCUCAAAGAGGCGACAACAUCGUCUUCCGUGAUUAUCGUGGCGAAGUACAGAAAGGCAGCGCGGAGAUAUUUUUUCGCAAAGUAAAGUUCUGGAAAGAUGAUGGAGACGGCGAUGCUCCUCCUGCAUUUGUAGGUAUUUUCAAUGUGGAUGGUGUAAACUACUUUCACGUGAGGGUUUCUGGAUUAUUGUUUGUUGCAACAACAAGAGUUAAUGUGUCACCAUCUCUUGUGUUGGAACUUUUACAAAGAAUUGCACGCGUCAUCAAAGAUUACCUUGGUGUUCUCAAUGAAGAUUCAUUGCGAAAGAAUUUUGUGCUCGUGUAUGAACUGCUGGAUGAAGUCAUUGAUUUUGGUUAUGUGCAAACAACAUCUACUGAGGUUUUGAAAUCAUAUGUAUUUAAUGAGCCAAUUUUGGUUGAUGUGGCCCAUGUGCCAAGCCUUGGGCCAGCGGCUAUCUUUAUGCAAGGGAACAAAAGAAUGCCAGGAACAGCUAUUACAAAAUCAGUUAUAGCAAAUGAACCUGGCGGUAGGAGGAGGGAGGAAAUUUUUGUGGAUGUAAUUGAGAAAAUAAGUGUUACUUUCAGUGCUAGCGGUUAUAUACUUACUUUUGAGAUUGAUGGCACCAUUCAAAUGAAGAGUUACCUUACAGGCAAUCCAGAAAUUCGGCUUGCUCUGAACGACGACCUUAAUAUUGGAAGACGUGGAAGGUCUAUCUAUGAUUAUAGUAGUUCAUAUGGAUCAGGUGCUGUGAUUCUUGAUGACUGUAAUUUCCAUGAAUCAGUACAUCUCGAUAGUUUUGACAUUGACAGGACCCUAACUCUGGUACCAUCAGAUGGUGAAUUUUCUGUCAUGAGCUACCGAAUGACUCAGGAAUUCAAACCUCCUUUUCGCAUUAAUGCAUUGCUUGAAGCAGCAGGAUCACUUAAGGCUGAAGUGAUACUGAAAAUACGUGCUGACUUCUCCCCAAGUGUUACUGCAAACAGUAUUCUAGUACAGAUGCCAGUGCCAAUAUAUACAACUAGGGUUAGCUUUGAGUUGGAGCCUGGGACAGUCGGAAACACAACUGAUUUUAAGGAAUCAAGCAAGAGACUUGAAUGGGGUUUAAAGAAGAUUGUUGGUGGGUCUGAACAUACUCUCCGUGCAAAAUUGACAUUUGCACAAGAACCACAUGGGAAUAUCGCCAAGGAAGCUGGACCAGUAAGCAUGACUUUCACGAUCCCAAUGUUCAAUGCAUCGGGACUUAAGGUUAAGUACUUACAGAUAGCAAAGAAGUCGAACACCUAUAAUCCAUAUCGAUGGGUGAGAUACGUCACACAAGCAAAUUCAUAUGUUGCUCGACUAUGAUAACUUGCCCUUGGAGUUUUUCCUUUUCAGUUCCUUUUUUAAAUGACUCAUACACCUUAAACGACUUCAAAUGGCUGGAAUAAAAGAAAAAUAAAAAAAAAUGUUGAUGUGCCUUAAUUGAAGCAAAGCAGUCGUUGGUGCAAUUGAGUCUCCAUUCACCGUGCUUUUGGGUUUUGGAAUCAGCAUCGUAGUCAUGUCCUUUCUAGGGUGGGAAUAUUGGGUUUGGAGAUUGCUUUGUCUCCAAAGGAGCAGUUCAUGAACAUGAUACUGAUACGAUUAGGCAAAAUGCAAUGUCCAUCAUCCAAAAGUGGCCUAAGCAAUGUUGUUAGAAUGACACAACUGCUGGCAAAUUGAUUGUCAAUCGAUUUGGUUGUCGGAAAACUCGAACAAAAACUGUAAAAUUUUCACUAUUUGUGGAAAAUCUCCCAAGAACCAUAGCAUAUAUUUUGGAACUAGAUUCUCCUUUACCCCAAAUUUCAAAUUAGCGUUGAAGAGAAAGUUGAAUGGUCUAAUCUUUCGCUCAUCCUUGGAAUGGUGAACAAAGUUGCCAGCCGAAAGUGGAUUCCAAAGGAUAUAACUAAAUCUAAAGAUCCACGUUUGCUUUUAAAAAUUGGUUAUUGUGGAUAUUACCAUAUGUUUACAAUUCCCAAUUCUUUUGACUACCGUGAGUCGACAAUGGGAAUCGCUUUCAAUCAUUUCAAAUAACUAAACUUUGUUGAAGCUGGAAACGAAACAAAGCUUUAUUAGUUGUUGAAAGUAGAAUAUAAAACUAAACGUGUCAAGUAGCAUAAAAGAAUGGUGAAUCUUUUAGUAAGUUGAACCUCAAAGCCAAGUUUGGAAAGAAGAAUAUGAAACUAAAAGUUUGAU